AUGCUUUCCGAGUUCGAGCUAUGGGUGGAAGACGUCGAAGAUGACAUUGACGCAGCUGAACACCAAGUGGACCACGGAUGUUGCAUCGAAGCCUGCCAACAACUUGUGAAUCUCAAUGGACAAGUAACUGAUUUGGCUGAGACUCCCAUGAUAAGCGAUGAGAAGCAAAAGCACAAAGAGGAAUUCGAGAGGAAGUUUGCAUACCUCAAGGGCCGGUGCGAGGCCCAUGUGGAAAGCCUCCCCGAGCCGAAGCGCGAGGCUCUCAAGAAGGAGCUGGAGGGCGCAAAGAAGACGUUUGAAACCGUGAUCACAUUCUUAGACUAG